AGAGAGAACUUCGAUCUCAAAAUCUGGGUUCUACCCUGAAAAUAAUUUGAUUCAAGAAAGCUUUCAUGGUUCAUAUCUUAAUCUAAGUGAAACAGACUGAAGUAUUUCAGCAUAUCCACAGAGAGAUGAAUGCAAAGAUGAUAGUAAUGGGGAUACAACCAUCGUUAAAAAAGGCAAAGAAAGUUCGUAAUUGCAUUAUGGGUUUGCUUUGUUUUCUCAUAUUUAUGUUAUUAGCACCAAAAAUUCCUCAUUCUCCUAAUCACCAUCGUUUUUCAGACAUGCGCAAUUUUUUAGGAGUUCCAAAUACAUUAAAUGUGAUCACAAAUUUCCCAUUUUUGAUUGUGGGUGUUCUUGGUUUUGUCAUUUGUCUCCAAGGAAGCAUUUUUGUAAUUAGUUUAAGAGGAGAAGUUUGGGGUUGGGCAUUUUUCUAUGCUGGAAUUGUUGGAAUUGCAUUUGGGUCUGCUUAUUAUCAUUUAAAGCCUGAUGAUGACAGAGUUGUUUUUGAUAGGCUUCCGAUGAUGAUUGUUUAUACUUCACUACUCUCCAUUUUUGUUGUUGAGAAAGUAGGAGAGCGGAUCGGGGUAACUUGUUUGUGUUCCGUUCUUAUGCUUGCUCUUGUUAGCAUUGCCUAUGAAAGCUGUUUGCAGGAGUUUUGAUGAUCUUAGUUGUGUAUGAUGUUCCAACUGAUCCCGACCAUAGUAAUACCUGCAUUGGCGUUUAUGUUCCCACCCAAGUAUACACAUUCAAGAUACUGGUUUUGGGCGGCAGGGGUUUACCUGCUUGCAAAAUUCGAAGCUUUUGCAGACAUGAAAAUUUAUGGUUUAGACCAUUACAUCAUCAGUGGACACUCCUUGGAGCAUCUAUGUUUGGUCAUAGUUCCUGUUUUGCUCAGCAUCAUGCUUAUGUACAGAAGUACUAGAACACCAAGGUUAGGUGAUCUGAAAGACUGCCGAUGAUUUGCCCCUUAACUGAGAUUGUAAGGAAGAAGAAGCCAGAAAUGUAAGUUUCGGACGAGAAGCAUUACAUAGAUACAAUGCAGAAACAAUCUUAGGUACAAGAAAUAGUUCAAAUCCUGGGUUGCUGCCGCAUCAUCAUAUCGUCUGAGGUCCACAACUGGUACUGUCUCUUUACCACCGGGCAGUCAGAUGACAUAAAUGACCUCUAUUUCAGUUUUACAGUCAUAGAAUUUCUCAUUGAAUCUGAAACAGUCAUAGAAUUUCUUGCUGAAUUUUAAGCAAAAUUGGUUUUUUAGAAAACUUGGGUUUGUUCUAUUUUGUAGGAAUCCAAAUGACUACAAAAAUCUGCAUAAAGGAACAAACCUUAUU